ACCGACACGACCACGACUGAGGCAGUGACAACUACCACCCCACUCGCUGCCAAGGCUGUAUUCAUUUACACGACCACCACGACCACGACGACCACCACGACCACCACGACCACCACGACCACCACGACCACCACGACCACAACGACCACCACAACGACCACGACCACCACCACAACCACACCCACCCCAACCACUGCUGCAGCGGCGCAGGCGUACGGAGAAGGACAGGAGGAGGCGCCGAAUGCGGGGCAACAUGCUGCUCAAGGGGCUUUGGAGCAGGCUCGGCAACGGGCGGCGGAGCCCAGUGCGGCCGCAGAGCAGGCCGGAGAGCAAAGGGCUCCUCAGGAGACUUCGGAGCCUUCCGAAGCUGAAAAAGAGGCGCCGGAGCAUGAUUGCUCCGCAGACACGGAGAACUGGAUGGAGACCUGGUCCUUGGAGAAGAAGCUGUUCUGCUGCCGGAAUGGCUCCAUGCAGUGUCCCUUUUGA